UAAAGCUCGCCCUCCUCCCUCUACCCUGAGGCUGGCCUCAGGUGGCUGUCCUUUGACAGGAAAGAUGAACGAGGCCCAUUGGCUGUCGCAUGAAGGGUCGCAGGGCUGCGUGGUAAGGGAUGAACCCCCCAGAGAGCCUAUGGAGAACAGCCUGGGCCUAGCCCUGGCUCUAGUUGAUCGCUACGGAUAAAAUCAAAGGAGGCUGUUAUGAGAUCAUCCUCGGGUGCAGGGUACCUGGAUGCCCAGAGAUGAAGCUGCAAGGAAUUUUGAAAGGAAAUUUCAGUCUGAGCAGGCGGCUGGCUCAGUAUCCAAAAGCACACAGUUUGAGUACGCCUGGUGCCUGGUGCGAAGCAAAUACAAUGAUGACAUCCGUAAAGGCAUCAUGCUCCUGGAGGAGCUGUUGCCCAAAGGGAACAAAGAGGAACAGCGGGAUUAUGUCUUCUACCUGGCAGCGGGCAACUACCGACUCAAGGAGUAUGAGAAGGCCCUAAAGUACGUGCGAGGACUGCUGCAGACUGAGCCCCAGAACACCCAGGCCAAGGAGCUGGAGCGCCUCAUUGACAAGGCUAUGAAGAAAGAUGGACUAGUGGGCAUGGCCAUUGUUGGUGGCAUGGCCCUGGGUGUGGCGGGACUGGCCGGACUCAUUGGACUAGCUGUCUCCAAGUCCAAAUCCUGAAGACAGCCUCACCCACUCUCUGCCCUGGCGCACCCGGGAGCCUGGGGGCCACUGGAAGAGGGUCCUGUCCAUCCUCACCAUCAUCUUCCCUUUUCCUCCCCACCCCUCGUCAUCCAUCUCUGCAGUCUCCGUGACCUUCAACCUCUCAUCCCCCAGCACCUGUUGUUUAGCCCUGAGUCAAGCUUUGCAAUGAGUGUAAAUAAAAUUGGGCUGCGGCUUGGGAA